CAGGUUUUGCCUUGGAAAGUGAAAAUCGAGUAAUUUAGGGUGUAAUUUUACGUGGAAAUCGUUGAAAAGGAUGAACGGUGUUCGAGCAAAACUCGCUGCAAUGCGAGAAGAUUUGGCUGCAGCCGAAAAACGAGAGGAGAUUGCCAGACUUCGCACGAGAGAUGCUCGAGAGAGAACGGCGAGGGCCGAAGACGAAAUUGCCUCGGAAAAGCGUAAAAUCAAACUCGUUCAACAAAAUUUAGACCGAGUAGAGGAGCAGACGGAUAUAAAGUUGGAUAGAUUGGAGCGUUUGAACAAACACAUCCAUGAAAAUGAAACUUGGAGACGUCAGUUGGAGCGAAAGGAGAUGAAAGAAGACAACACAUUAGUCCACUUGGAGUCCAGGCAGAAAUCACGAAGAGGUUAUGUCGAAGAGGCAGAACAACGUUAUCGUGAAGCCUACAACAAAAUGAGAAUGUUAGAAGCGCGAAAUUCGAAGGUUGACGCAAGAAUUCGAGCUGGUAAAUUAAACGUAAAGUAUUUUGAAAGAAGACUAAACGACGCCGGGCAAACAGCUUUCAGUCUGGCAAGAUCAAGCGAAACUAAACAGGUGAAAUGCGACGAAUACCAAGAGAGAUAUAGACGCCUUAGCGAAAAGAAGGAACGAGUUUUGAUCACUGCUGAAUGUCUAGAGCGAAAAGCUGCCCAGCUUGAAAAGAAAGCAGUCGUUUUGCGAGAAGAGAAAAGAGAAGAGAUGAAACGAGUGCAAGGUGUAAAAUACGAACUAGGAUGCAUUUUGAAUGAGUUAAACAGAAGAUACUAAGUAAAUGUUUUUGAAAUUCAGUUUAUCUUUAUAUGUAUAAUUUGUGUAUGUUAGAAUGCCGGACCUUUUUAUAUAUUUCGUAAAAUACCCAUAGACAACUUUAUAUUACACUGUUAGCUAGUACGGUUUGAACACUGAAACGAUGAUAUUUUGUUAUUUACUUACGUGACGUCAAGCAAGAGGUGAAGAUUAUGAAGAUUAACUUGGUUUAUUUAGUGGUCAGAAAUUUCUGUAAAACGCUUCUAAAAUUCUUUUAAAUUGUAUAUAUUUAACAGAAUGAUAUUUUAUUACUACUACAAUAACAUAAAAUUCUAGCAAUUUUGACUUUCUAUUUUCCCAUAUUUAUCCUUUACCUUUUAUACUCAAAACUACUUUAUUCCAAUAAAGUAAU